AGAGCAAAAACACAACAAAAAAGAAAAUUCAAAAUCGAAUAGUAUCUAAAAUUCAUUCACAAUUCCGCUCAAACAUUUUCCUCUUUUAAACCAAAAAAUUCAAGCCCAUCGAAUCCCGCAGACUCGGCCGUUGCCGUAAUUAAAUAACACUCUUUAUAUAAAAUUGACGCCGCUCUUCCCCAAAAAGUCGCAACAACCUAGGGUUUCAAACCCCAAAUUCGCAUGAUUCCGAUCGCAUAGUCGCCGGUUUAUGCUCUUCAACACCGUACACUCUCACCGGCGGUAAAUGUCGCUGCCGAAGGUCUCUCAUCCGUCCUCCACCGUUGCCGCCCGAUCGGAAUCUGCAGAUGUAUCUACGAUUGUGGGACCACAAAGCGGAGCUAUUGCUCCCUCAGAAAUUUCACUGGUUAUCGACUCCUUGAAGAAGAAAGUCGGUGCUGAUCGUUGUGCGUAUAUCAUGAAAAGAAUGGAAGAGAACAGGGUUAAGUUGGCUGAAGUCACCAACAACCAUCACAAGUUGUCGUUAGAAAGAAGAAAACUAAGGGCUACUGGAGCAAAUCAAACUGUUGUUUUGUUAACAAAGAGGCAGAAGGAUGCAAUUGACAUGCAAAACGGGGUCAAUGCAAGCAACGAUGACAGUGACAGCAGUAACUCUCAGGAAGAUGGGCAUGCUUCGGCAGUUCUUUUAGGAUCUAGCAUUGCAGUAAAAAACGCGGUCAGGCCUAUCAAGCUUCCAGAAGUGAAGAAAUUACCUCCGUACACCACAUGGAUUUUCUUGGAUAGAAAUCAAAGAAUGACAGAAGACCAGUCUGUAGUAGGUCGCAGGAGAAUUUACUAUGAUCAAAAUGGCGGUGAAGCACUAAUUGCGAGUGACAGUGAAGAGGAAGCAAUUGAUGAAGAAGAGGAAAAGAAAGAGUUUGUUGACCCUGAAGAUUAUAUUAUUCGAAAGACCAUCCAACAGCUUGGGUCGUCUGUUGUUGUCUUGGAUUUACUGGGACAACAGUUGUCCAGAAAACCUUCUGAAGUCAAGGCAAGAUAUGAAGUCCUUGUUAAUAAAGAAAAUGCUGUUGAAGGCUCUAAACCAGGAAAUUCUGAGUUUGAUAUGAGUUCAUUGUAUGACAAAGACCUUGAAGCUGCACUGGACUCAUUUGACAACCUAUUUUGUCGCCGAUGUCUAGUAUUUGACUGUAAGUUACAUGGAUGUUCGCAGGACCUUAUAUUUCCUGCUGAAAAGCAAUGUACGUUGAACCGCAUGGAUGAGGAGAAGGUACCUUGUGGUCCACAUUGUUAUCGUCAGGUCCAAAAGGUGGAUGGCAAUGCGGUACCAUCUUCUAUGCAGCUCAAUGGUGAACAAAAAGCCGCUCCUUUAUCAGACGGUAAUAACGUCCAGUCGUCAAGAAAAAAGCCAAACGGUCGUUCUCUAUUACGGAGGUUAAAGUCUUCACAGAGUGAAAACGCCUCAUCAAAUGCUAAAAACAUAUCUGAAAGUAGUGAGUCAGAUGCCAGACCGGGCUCACGCAAGUCCAAACUUUUGGAGAAACGCGGGACUCGUCAAAGGAACAGCAAACGCAUAUCUGAUCAUGUGUCGGUUGCAGUAAAGAAAAGACAAAAGAAGCUGGAAGCUUCUGAUUCCGACUCCGUUUCAAGUGGAAGCCUUGGGUUAAGAGAUUUGGGGGUUCGAUCCAGUUCACAUAAAGAAAGUGAAGAAGCGAGUUCAUCUUCUCUAAAGGCCAAAUCUUUGAGUGCAAGAAGGGGUAGGCGUAAAGACCCGUUAGUUCCCAGUGAUUGUAAGGAGAUCACUAGUGCCCAACCGGUGAUUGUCGGUGAUGACAAAUGGAAGAAAGAAGAAUUUGGGGACGAGAGUAUUUGUAGACAAGAAGUGAUUGAGUUCAAAAGCUGGAAAACUAUUGAAAAAUCUCUUUUUGAAAAAGGUCUCGAGAUUUUUGGGAGGAACAGCUGUUUAAUAGCAAGGAAUCUAAUGAAUGGCAUGAAGACAUGUGCGGAGGUGUUUAAUGCAAUGAAUUGCUCUGAGAAUAAGCUAUCUUCUCUAGGGGGUGACAGCACAAAUUUCCUUAGUGAUGGAUCCCGAAUUGAUAGUAACGGGAAUACGGGUAACACAUUAAAAAGAAGAUCAAGAUUUUUACGCAGAAGAGGUAAAGUUCGUCGUUUAAAGUAUUCCUGGAAGUCUGCUGGAUACCAUUCAAUGAGAAAACGUAUCUCCGAUAAAAAAGAGCUUCCUUGUCGGCAAUAUAACCCGUGUGGUUGUCAAUCCGCCUGUGGAAAGGAGUGUUCUUGCUUUGUCAACGGGACUUGUUGCGAAAAGUACUGUGGAUGUCCGAAAACAUGUAAAACUCGUUUUCGAGGAUGCCAUUGUGCUAAAAGCCAGUGUAGAAGUCGUCAAUGCCCGUGCUUCGCUGCUGGUAGAGAAUGUGACCCUGACGUAUGCCGAAAUUGCUGGAUUGGGUGUGGUGAUGGAACUCUAGGGAUUCCAGGCCAAAGAGGUGAUAACUACGAAUGUAGGAAUAUGAAGCUUCUCCUCAAACAGCAACAACGGGUUUUACUAGGAAGGUCUGAUGUCUCAGGCUGGGGAGCUUUCUUAAAGAAUAGUGUACCUAAACAUGAAUAUCUGGGUGAGUACACCGGGGAAUUGAUCUCACACCGUGAAGCUGACAAGCGUGGAAAGAUCUAUGAUCGUGAAAAUUCAUCUUUCCUCUUCAACCUAAAUGAUCAAUAUGUUCUUGAUGCUUACCGUAAGGGUGAUAAAUUGAAGUUUGCUAAUCAUUCCCCGGUUCCAAACUGCUAUGCCAAGGUUAUUAUGGUAGCUGGAGAUCACAGGGUAGGCAUAUUUGCUAAAGAAAGAAUAUGUGCUGGGGAAGAACUGUUCUAUGACUACCGUUAUGAACCAGAUAGGGCUCCUGCAUGGGCAAAGAAGCCUGAGUCCUCUGGUUCAAAGAAAGACGACGCGGCUCCUUCUAGUGGCCAUGCAAAGAAGCUUGCUUGACUUGGAGCGUGCUUUUAUUUAAACUCACCGACAUUUCGGGCCAUUCUUUACCAUUUAUAGGUAAAAUUCCUUUUGUUGUGCUAUUCAUUAGUGCAUUAUCCAUUUGAGAGAGAGUUUAGAUGAGAGAGGGAAAGGUUAUGCGGAAUGGACUCUUGUGCUACAAUUGUAAGUUGCGUUUUGUUGUCAUUGGACUCAUUUUUACUACCUUGUAAUGUUGUUUAACCUUUACACAGAUGAACAAUCAAUUUGUUAACAACUUCCAAUUUUCAUGUCAACCGGCGUAAUUUUUCCCAUC